AUGGAAUAUACUAACAAAUCGAUUGAUGAGGGAAUGGUGUUUGAAGGUGAUGUUUCGUUAGAGGACGGUGAUUUGGCUGAAUUGGUAAGGAAAUCCUGGUCAGAGCCCCAGGAAACAAUUAAUGAUAUACCGUAUACAAUCGAUUCCCCAAUUAGUUCUGCUAUAGAUAGUAGUUUGGGCACGAAUGAAUCAAGUGGGGUAACCCAAGGUAAUGAUCAUAUAGAUACAACAAGUAUAGCUGGAGACCAACUCGCCGAUGAUGACUAUGUUAAUAUUAAAGCAAAUGCCAUCGACUAUACAAAAGCAUCAAAUAGUAACAACAGUGAAGGUACUAAUGGUAGCGGUGAUCCGACAAACAGAGAUAUCUAUGAUUAUCAAUUGUUUAAACGUCAUUACAGUCUGGCAGACACAACUUCCGAUGCGUUGACUGAGAUUUGGAAUAACUUUCAACUGGAUAAUAAAGAAACGACUAAUAAUUCUCUGCUGUUGAGAAAUGUCGAGCCGCUAAAUCCACCGCUGGAUAUAGAAAUUGAUGCAGAUGUCGAUUUAAUAUAUAAUGACCAUUCGGCUCGUCAAAGAAAAGGCUCAAUAGUGGAAGUUCAAUGGGUAAGACAACUAUUAAACCCAAGGAGUUCUUUCUCUGGUGUCUCACAAUACUCUGUUGAACCGGACUCUAUUGAUAAAAAUAAGUUGUGGGUCACUAUAAUCGAUGAGAACACAACAAUAGAUAUUAUUAAAUCCAUAAUUGUUUUGCAUCAAUCACUGAGACAAGUUAAUUCACGUUUCGAAUUCGCUGUUUUAAAUUUGAUCCCAUAUUAUACUUCCAAUAAGUCAGCUAUCCAAAAACUUGAUUUAAAACUUUUAAAUAUAGCAAAUAUUAGAAUAAUAGACGUCUCAAACGAGGUCACACAUAUACUAGCGUACAAUGGCUCCCAAAUAAAUCCAAACAUAUCAAAACUGGCAUUAUUCUUACAAUUUAUUAAUGAUGACUAUGAAUUAAUUUGUUAUCUAUCACCAACUUUAAUGGUGACGCAAAACAUCGAUGAAUUAUUAUGCAGCGAAGAAAUCUGCGAUAAAAUCGAUAAUGAAACAUGUGUACUACUUACAAACAACAAUGUCGAUCUUGUCGGUAAAGGUGUAAACAGUUCACCAAUAGAAGUUAAUGAAGACGAUAUCGAUAAUAAUGAAUUAGAUUUAGUAUUGUUCCGUCCGAUUAGUGAAGUUGGCAUGUGUGUUAAGGAAUAUUUUACUUGUUACGGUAAUGAAGACAUCAACCAUCAGAAACUAAUGGAACAAUCAAACAGUCAAAUAUUGAAACAACUUUUUGCAGCUUCAUGGCAACAUUUAAACUCUGAUGGUUAUCUACAACAUUUAACCAGUUACGUAAAAGUUGAUGACAUAAACUGUAAAAUACUCGAUUAUAGGAAACUUAAACCGUGGAAUGUCGAUGAUAACACAAGAAAGGACAUUUUACACAACCCUCUAUAUGGUCAUUGGUAUCAUACGUGGUACAAUUCUAUGAAAAGAUAG